UCACAAAUAGUGGAUUAGACCCACAUCCUUGCCUCGUAGGCCACCAGAACCUGCUAAAGUUUCAAAGUUUCAUGCGCCUCAGACACGUUUUUUAGUCUUUUACCACCUCAACGGCAGGCUCUUUCUCAUCCACUGUGGUUUUCGGGAUCAUUGGAAGGCAAUAAAAUUGGACAGCCUCAAGGAUUUCAUCAAAGCACAAAAUGUUCAGUGCUUCCAGCCCACCGGCUUACCCAAUGCAAGUUGCUCCCGCAGGCUCUGAUGCAGACAGGAUUGUAGUUAACAUUGGUGGUGUGCGACAUGAAACACACAAGAGCACCCUCAUGUGCAUCCCUGGCACACGCCUGGCCAACCUCGUCAGUGCUGACCCACUGAAACACCCGACCACUGAGUUUUUCUUCGACCGGGACCCGAAAGCAUUCGCCCCCAUCUUAAACUACUACCGCACCGGGAAACUGCACUGCCCGGCAGACGUGUGCGGUCAAUCGUUUGAGGAGGAGCUUUCCUUCUGGGGAGUCAGUGAAACCGACGUGGAGCCAUGUUGCUGGAAGAACUUCCGACAGCAUCGGGAUGAAGAAGAGGCGUUGGCUGCGUUCGAGCCGGAUGAGGGACCCCCAGACUACGACUCCCUGGUGGGGGGACCCGGGAGGGUGCAGACAAAAGCUUGCAUGCCGAAAAUGUGGGCCCUCUUUGAUGACCCCCAUUCAUCUGUAGCAGCCAUGAUCAUCGGCCUUCUCUCCCUGCUCUUCAUCCUGAUGUCCAUUGUUUGUUUCUGCCUGGCGACCCACAGCCAAUUCCAGCACAUCUCUGGGCCAGAAGAUAGAAAUGAAACCUAUUUAGAGCAUGACGAAGAUUAUAUGGAUGCUGAUAUGGCUCUGAACAUUCAAAUUAGCGGUGCCUUGAUGAUAAUAGAGAUUCUCUGCGUCGUCUGGUUCACCUUUGAGUUCUUGAUUCGCAUCAUCAGCUGCCCGGAGAAGUUGAAGUUCAUCCUGAACGUCUUGAACAUCAUUGACUUCAUGGCCAUCAUGCCCUUCUACGUGGUGUUUAUUUUGGGCUGGUCGAUCCAUGAAAUGUACUUCCUGCUCAUGGUUCCACGCUGCCUCCGACUCCUGCGGAUCUUUAAGUUGACGCGACGCGUGGCGGGCGUUCGGGCGCUGGUCCACUCUCUGCGUGCCAGCGCCUGUGAGCUCUUCAGCCUGGCCGUGGCGCUCUCCGCCUUCCUCCUCGUAUUCUCCACCCUGGCCUUCUACACAGAGAAAGAGGAAGAAGACACACAGUUCCAUAGCAUUUCUGGGGCUUUAUGGUGGGCAGUGGUCACCAUGACGACCGUGGGGUACGGAGACAUGUAUCCAACCACGUGGCGUGGUAUGGUGGUUGGCAGUCUGUGCGCCGUUACAGGAGUCUUCUUCAUUGCCCUGCCCAUUCCUGUCCUCGUCAACAAGUUUGCCAGGUACUACGCCCUGACCGAGGCCAAGCAGAGACGCCGGGCCAAGAGCAGGAGGGGUGAUGGGCGGUCUGAGGGGGCCAGCGCCCCCUUGUGGAGGGGAGUGGAGAAGAUCUAGUUCAUUAUGUAACUCUUGAUUUUAACUCCCAGAGAAACAGUGAUUUUACUGCUGGUUUAUACUACAAGACUACAUUACAUUCUAAGCGUAAUUCUUUUUAAUAUGUUAUUAGUUUAUUGUGUUAACACUUGAUUUUAAAACGCCCAGUGUUUGAAUCAUAGACUGUAUGUAGAGCUCCAUAUUUUCCAAGAUGGCGUCGCGCUCGGUUGCAUCAAUUCCAUGGAACACAGCUGAAUGCUGCUACGCUGUCAUGUUCUAUAUAAGAAGUCUAUGGUUGGAAUAUCAGUUGGCAACAGAAGAAUUAUGCCUGAAUCUGGUGGCAGGGUCAGAUACUUCUGUAAAGUUUUUAUAUGCCUUCUAUUGUACUACUAAAAUAUCGAUAACGAAUCAUGCAUGAUUCAGAUGUAAGGGUCAGAUGUCUUUAUUAUAAAUGCUUUCAUAUGCUAUUUUUUGUACCACUAUAUUACUAAAACCCUUCAUGAGAUGUAUUACAUCUAAUAAAGAAAAUAUAUUAUAUUA